CAGCCUGGACUCAGUCUCCCCCAGACCCAAAAGCACCAGUCAUGAGGCCCCCAACUCUCCUGCUGCUGCUCUCAGGGGCCCUGGCCCUGACAGAGACCUGGCCUGGCUCCCACUCCCUGAGGUAUUUCUACACGGUGAUGUCCCGGCCCGGCCCCGGGGAGCCCCGCAUCAUCUCGGUGGGCUCCGUGGACGACACGCAGUUCGGGCGGUUCGACAGCGACUCCCGGGGCCAGAGGAUGGAGCCGCGGGCGCCCUGGGAGGAGCAG